AUGUCCAGCCCAAGUCAGGAUACUCGAGGAGUCAGUGAAUACUCACAGUCAUCAGGGCUACACGCUGAUGGGAGCUUUUUCGACAAAUUUCCACUCAAGUGGAAUGUUCCAAAAUCCUUUAUUUCGCGGCAUAUCUUCAAAAUAUGCUGCCUCAUAUUCACCUGGCGCAGCGAUCUGCAAUGGUUGCACGCCCUCUUGAAAGAAGGAAACAACUGGGAAGAGCUCCAUCGUCAAUAUCUGACACAGCUCAAUCAACAAGGACUCGUGCUCGCCACUGCGGCGGUUUUCAUCUCCUCAAAUCCACCACUUGUGACAGAGGUCGACUACACGUCUCAUGUAUCUUACGCCUGUUUGGCGGAGUCGCUUGUCUUCUCGUUGUUUGGGCUAUUGCUCCAGCUGAAGGUAUCUGCCUCUGGAAUCCUUUUUCAAAAACGUAGUGCUGCAGAAGUACGCAUUGUCCAUUGUCAAGGUGGCAGAUCAGAGUUAACCUCACCACAGAUCAUAAUUGAAAGGCGCUGGAGAAUAUUCUGGCACCUCCUGGGUUUGGCAGUGCCAAUCAUUACAUUUACCAUAUCAGUGGUGCUUUUGCUCAUAGUGGUAAAAGACCUCAAAGAGCGGGCGAACCUUGAAUAUUGGUACUGGAUUCAGAGGUUCCGUGAGGGUACUAGCCCUACGGCAAAAACUCGUAUUUCCUUGAACCGGUCGAUUAAGGCUGAGGUGGAGGCUGAGAGCUCAGAGCUGCCUCGGACUGUCAAGACAGACCGUAAACACGCACAUCAGGCUACCAGUGUUCGAAUAAUGAAGGCAUGCAAGACAUUGAGGAUCCAACCCUUGAUUCAGGAAGUGGUGAUCGACGAGCUCUUGGAUAAAGAAUACAUCCAGCGUGUGGAUGGAACCACAGAUGCAUCUGAAUAUGUGGCAUAGUUCUUGUCUUCGGUCAAGAUAACUACCCGAAUCAUACUGUUGUAACUGAUGUAGUGUCAGGAUAAUAAUGUGUAAUCUAUGACCAUCGGGGAAGCUGAGUGAAGUGAGGGAUGUCGUGUAUCUGCUGCGACACCGUAACCAAUCCAUUCUCUAGAGUGGUCAUCUACCUUAGCUUCUUUGCUGAUCUAUCUGAUAUUCUGGAUCAGCGUCAUUAAUAGUGGGCAGAUGAUCGUUGACCUUAUAGAACCCAACGCUUGGAGGGUCUGCAUGCUGAAGCAGCAUGCUACGAUGUCUAGUCUCAUGCGCCUGGAUGAUAAACGCUCGAUCUUUGACAACACUGGAUGACCAUACAUCGCCUGGGGCAACGGAGGCGGUUCAUACUAUCUGCAUCAGAUUGGCUGUGGAUGCUAUGU